UUUCGUUUAUCGUCUCUUCUCUUGCACGGCUUCACCAGGAGCUUUAGAAACAUGAACGCCACCUUGAUCCUUGCACUUCUUGGCCUCUGUGGCCUGGCUUACGGGGGUGGCUACGGCCUUGGAGCUGGUCUUGGAUAUGGUGGCUACGGCCAUGGCUACGGUCUCGGCUUUGGUUACGGGCAUGGAUUCGGAUACGGAGGACACGGAGGCUACGGUCACGGCUACGGUCAUGGCUAUGGCGUGGGUCACGUCACUAAAAUCGCUCACGUCGGUGGAGGGAAAGGAUACAGCGCAGGCGUCCACUACGGAUCCGUCCACGCACUUGGACACGGGUAUGGCGGCCAUGGACACGGCUACGGCUACGGCCAUGGCCUCGGCUAUGGUUAUGGCGGCCUUGGCCACGCUGGCGUCGCCGUCAAGGCUGUGGGUCUUGGCUACGGCCAUGGCUUUGGUUACGGUCAUGGCUACGGCUAUCAUGGUUAAGCUGCUUCUAGUGUUGAGGUAUUUAUUAAAUAGAAAUAUUCAAAUGGGGACCUGCACGUACAAACACAAGAGCCCGCUGCCUGCGUGAAAUAAAACGUUGCUAACGUGCGCGACGGCUUCACUACUACAUUAUUACUUCCAUCGCAAGAUCAGUAAACACCUUCUGAAGAACUGGUGUAAAUUGCGUGCUGUUUUGUUGAUUA